AAAAAGAAAGACCGGAAAUGUGGCUUAACGAAUGCCCAUCAUUUGGAAAGACGAUAUUAAAUUCACCGCAGUCCUGUAAAAUGCAGCAUUUUACACGAACAAUCAAAACCUUAACAUAGCGGACCAUGUAAGGGCUUUGCUUAUCAUAUAAACGUUUGACAAAAUCGCACAUUUCUGCGAAGUGCGACGCGGGAAAGUGGCAAAGAAUGACGGGCUGGAGCACCGGCCGAGUUCCUUGGAAAUGUCAUGUCGUGGUGGCCAUCUUUCUGCUGCUGUUGACUGUAGAUGUCGUAAAGGCAACUUCUGAAUAUGACCCGUAUAAAAUACUAGGUGUCAGCAGGAGCGCCGGUCAAGCAGAGAUCAAACGGGCCUACAAAAAGCUUGUCAGAGAAUGGCACCCAGAUAAGAACAAGGACCCAAAAGCUGAAGACAUGUUCAUCAAGAUUUCCAAGUCCUAUGAGAUUCUGUCCAAUGAAGAACGAAGAGCCAACUUUGACCGCUACGGGCAGAUGGAUGAAAACCAGCCCUUUGGCCAGUCGCAGCAUCAGGGUUUCCAUGGUUUCCACAGGAGUUUCUAUUUUGAUGAGUCCUUUUUCCAUUUUCCCAGGUCUAGAGAUUUUGCAGAUAGCAAGUACAUGCUUCACCAUGCGCAGUUUAACAGUGAAAUCCUGCCUGACAGCUACAAGAGGCCGUACUUGAUUAAAGUGACGUCUGACUGGUGCUUUGCUUGCAUUCACAUUGAGCCCGUUUGGAAAGAGGCCGUGCAGGAGCUGGAACCUCUGGGUGUGGGCAUUGGUGUUGUGGACCUGGGCUACGAGCGCCGCCUGGCUAACCAGCUGGGAGCUUACCGCACUCCCUCCAUCAUCGGGCUGGUGAACGGCAGAGUCACCUUCUUCCACCAGGUCGUGGUACAAGAACACCUGCGACAGUUUGUGGAAGAUCUGCUGCCUCAGAAACUGGUGGAAAAGGUCAACGAUGACAACUACCUAGCUUUUCUUGAAAGCUGGCACGCAGAAAACAAGCCGGGUCUUCUCUUAUUUGACAGAGUCUCUGAUGUUCCACUUCUUUACAAGUUAACAGCGUUCUCCUUCAGAGAUUAUAUGCGGUUUGGGUAUGUGGAGCAGGGCGGCACGCACAUCACUCAGCUCCUGCAGCAGUUCAACAUUAACACCUUCGCUCCCAGCAUGCUGCUCUUCAAGGAGGACACCCAGAAGCCUGCUGACAUCAUCCAGGCCAGAGGGAUGAAGCGACAGAUCAUGAACGAGUUUGUCUCCAACAACAAGUUCCUGCAGGUCCCACGGCUGGUCAGUCAGCAGCUUUUCGAUGAGCUCUGUCCCGUCAAGCAAUUCCACCGGAGGAGGAAAUAUUGUGUUCUGCUCAUCACUGGAGAGGAUGACGCUUUCCUUCCAGGCAAUAAGGCCUUUCUGGACUUUGCUUCGGCCUACAAAAAAGACGUCCUGCGGUUUGCUUAUGUUUAUCAGCGCAAGCAGCAGCCUCUUUGUCAGGCGCUCCUGCAGAACCAGGCUGCCGUUUCACCCCAGGUGGUGAUUCUGGAGAGGAGAAGCCAGGCUGGCAGAGUCCUGUUCCGCUCUGUGAGUGGAGGCUGGAACGGCAGCGAGGAGGACAAACACCGCCUCCACGAACAGCUGGAGCUUCUUCAGAGAGACCCCUCCUACCUGACGACAGACGCCACCUUGCCUGAGCUCAACAAUGAGAUGGCGCCUAUCUUCAUUGUUCAGUGGCUGAGUGCAGUUUUUGACUACAUUCUUCAGAUAUACGAUGGUCUUCUCUACUCAAACUGGCGAGAGAUGAUGCCCAUUCUGUCCUUGAUCUUCUCAGCACUCUUCAUUCUGUUUGGCACAGUCAUCAUUCAAGCUUUCAGUGAGCCAGGUGAGAGCAAACCACAAAACCCAAAGCAGAAGGAGUCUCCCACCACCCAAAAUGAGGAAAAUCCUUCAAGCAGAGCAAGCACCUCUAGCCGCCCUCCUAAGAAGGACUUUGUGGAAGUGACUGAGCUCACAGAUGUGACGUACACCAGCAACCUGGUCAAACUGAAGCCGGGUCACAUCAAUGUUGUGCUGGUGCUCACCAAUGCCUCCAAGAACACUUUGCUCAGGAAAUUUGCCAAAGAGGUUUUCUCUUUUUCAGGCUCUCAGACGCUUCACUUCUCCUUUCUGAACGCUGAUAAGCAUCGCCACUGGAUGGCGUCGCUGCUUCGCUCGGCUUGCUUUAAUCAUCAAAGUGAGAGCCACUCGGACGAUGAAGAUUCUCCAGACUGUGCUGGCUACGUCCUGGCCCUCAACGGUCACAAGAAGUACUUUUGCCUCUUCAGACCCGUCUUCACCGGGGACAACCACAGUGGCUCUUCCUCUGAGACUUCCUUUUCCUCGGACAGCCGGAGACCGUCCAGGUCCAGGUCCAGGUCUAGCUCUCACUCUCGUUCCCGGUCCCAUUCCAGGGAGGAUGGGGCCAAGAAAGGCUACGGUAGGGCCACCAGCAUCGAAGUUCACCACAAGCUUGACCGGCUGGGACUCUGGAUGGAGAGACUGAUGGAGGGAACCUUACCCAGAAUCCAGGUGCCUGUUUGGCCAACAUUAGAUGAAGCAGCUAACACUAAUGCCUCAGCAAGCUGAGAAUGAAGGGAGAAAAGUUUCACUUCACGGUUUUACCUCCUGAAAAGCAAAAAAAACAAAAACUGCAAAUUGAUCUUUUUGGUUUCUCCUCAGUGCUUAUGUUUGUAACUGUAGAUGAACACAGAGCUGCUGAACCCGAUGUUUGUUGUGAAACGCAAAUUCAAAACCAAAUUUUUCCCAACAAUCUAUGGCAUCCAUAUGCAGCACAGCUGAGUCCAGCGUGGCGUCGUUUACAUCUACUUCAGAGUUUUGUGUGCUGACAUCUCUGUUGUCUCUGCAUUCACUGGCAGCACUUUUUUUUUGAAACACACCCUUUGAAAACACAAUUCUAGAGUUGAAGGUUUAUUUUUUUUGAAUCGAUGAUCUUUGAAUGCAGAUUUAGAUGAAUCUGUUUUUUUUGGUGCAUCUUUCAACGGCUGAAUUAAUCUUUAGUUUAACUUUUCAGCAGUAGAGAAAUUGAAAGCACUAUUUGCAUUCUGUCAUUUUAACAAAAUGCUUGGCGUCUAAAAAUGAGCUUUAAAAAAUGGUAGAAUUCAGUGUCAUUUUAGGAACAGAAACUAAAAAUGCCCUGACUAAACAUUAAACUGAAGUGAAUGUUAAUGCAUGGAGGUUAUUGACCUCGGACUCAAAGAAAAUUAGGUACAUUUUUGCUUGUUUCACUGUUGCCUCACUCUUCUUCUCUCAGAAUGAUUUGCUGCUCACAAAAUCCCAUUUGAAGAACCUUUAUGGACAACUACUAUCUUUGUUGGAACUUGAAUUAAAUCUAAGUGCAACUAAAUGUACAAGUCAAGAAAUGCUUUUUAAAACUGUUUAUUUAUUAAAAGAUUCAAAC